UACCGAUCGACCAACAAGGAUGGCGCAUCCGACGAGAAACGCAAAAGAGGCAACCGUGGCAGUCGCAAUGCCAGUCGCAGGAGACCACGCACAUGGAAGAAGCUGCUUUGGGUGAAACAAGCAUAUCCUGACAACUACACGGAUGAAGAGACCUUCCUAGAUCAUCUGCAACGCAAUCCUCGUCUCCGACCUUAUGACUUCUGGCCGCUUGUUGCAGACUCUACUGUUAUCGUCCAACACAUCGGCUCCGUCAUCAUCUUCGUUUGCUGCUUUGUCGGCAUCAAGCAACAACGUGUGUCGCCUGUAUCUGUCGUCAGCUGGGCCACUUUCGGUACCAUCUUGGGUUGGGUCGCUCGUGACUACUGGGUAGGACAAGAGGAGGCUGCUCAGGCUGCUCGCGUUGCCCUUGCCGAGGCCACAGCUUCGUCCAAAGCCGUCAUAGAUAGUCAGCGCAUCCAGGAAGGGCCCUUGAGUCCUGCAGAUCCUGCUUCCACCAUGUCAGACAAUGCUAAGCUAGGUUUGGGUAUUUCGACUGUAGCCGCUUCACGACAAGCAUCUGUCGUUUCAGCAACAGAGGGCUCAGCAUCAGCCGCGUCCACCACUGUUAAUCCAAGCGGUGCUGCUUCGUCAGGGAGUUACAAUUACUACCCACCUUUUGAGAAUCAGACCUCUUCACUUUCGCCUCGCAACCAAGAGAGAUUGGCAACGGCCAAGUCUGCCAUCUUGAUCUAUUGUGCACUACUAGGCUUGAGCCCCAUUUUGAAAUCUUUGACCGUGUCAACUUCCCCGGACUCUAUCUGGGCCAUGAGUACUUGGCUUUUGAUCAUCAACAUCUUCACCUUCGACUAUGGUGCCGGUGUUGAGGCGAAAUUUCCUGCUUCUUUGUCGACGAAUGCUGCUCUUAUGGCAUCCACAGUGCUUGCUUCUCGUCUCCAAUACACCAAUGAAGUCUUCAGCCUGACACUUUUCAGUAUCGAGGUGUUUGGAUUGUUCCCGGUCUUCAGGCGACAUUGUCGACACGCUUCUUGGACAGGUCACUUGAUACUGACUGCAUUGACUGUCCUCGGCGCAGGAGGUGGACUUUGCGUCACUAUCACAGGAGGAGGAUGGAAAGCCGGAGUUGGCGGUGCCAUUCUCGGUGGUAUUCUCACGUGUCUUGCCAUGGGUAUCACCAGCUGGUGGCUCAUUGGAUUACAAAGAUACAAGAACGAGAUUCACGGGCCUUGGGAUCCCGCACGUCCAAUUAUCAGACGACAUUGGGAUUAA